CUUAGUUUUAGUUUUGUAGCAUAUUAAGUUACUUCACUUUGUUAAAAAAAAUAAAAAAUAUAAAAAAAAAAGAAAUGCCAAAAGUCCGUCGCAGUCGUAAACCACCACCAGAUGGCUGGGAGCUAAUCGAACCGACGCUAGAGGAGCUGGAACAAAAAAUGCGCGAGGCCGAGACCGAACCACAUGAGGGCAAACGCAUCACAGAAUCGCUGUGGCCCAUCUUCAAAAUACACCACCAGAAGACACGCUACAUCUACGACUUGUUCUACCGCCGCAAGGCCAUCAGCCGCGAGCUGUACGACUACUGUUUGAAGGAGAAAAUUGCCGACUCCAAUUUAAUAGCCAAAUGGAAGAAGUCCGGCUAUGAGAAUCUAUGUUGCCUGCGAUGCAUCCAAACACGCGACACGAACUUUGGCACCAAUUGCAUUUGCCGCGUGCCUAAGUCUAAGCUGGAGGAGGGCCGCAUUGUGGAAUGCGUCCACUGCGGCUGUCGCGGCUGCUCCGGCUAAUCAAUACAAAUACAAUGUUUUUUUUUUUUUAUAUAUAAGUAGCUUAACGACUUAUAGAAAUAUGUUUGAUUUUAAUAUUAAUCUGGGUUCCACUUGACGAUGCAUCGAGUGACACUUUAUGUAAAUACUCUAAAAUUCCGCUCAAGAAUAUAACAAAAAUGUGUUCUUCUUAUGCUACAGAAUCAUAUUGUACAACGACAAUUGUUUAUCCACUUUAUAUAUAGUAUAAUUACGUCGUGUAGGCAUAUUCUACUUUUUUUGCUACCAUUUUUAAAGAGACAAAUAUUCACAAAUAAGCAGGACCAAAAAACAAUUAAAUAUGGAUGUUUUAUGUUUACAUUUAAGAGUUUGUCAUUUUUCUAAUGUAAAUUCAAGUUGGAAAGUCCAAACACACCAGUUUUUUACAUAUUAAGUCUACAUUAUCUUCUGGUAUCACUAGCAGCUCGUUAAACGCAUUUUAUGUAUUUGUAUAGUUACCCCAAAUUAUAGGGGCGCUUGCCAAAUUUGGCGUGUGACUCCCAUAUAUCACACUCGAAUUUAUUUUAUACAAAGCUUGCCAGGUUUUAUGUGCACGAAUGUAAUAAAAGAAGUUAGCUAUACGAAUGUGAUAAAUGUAUUCCGGCUAAUAAAAGAGAACUCUGUGCUUGGAUUUCUAUCGAAUAUUUUGCCUUUGUUUCGCACUAUUCAAACUAGAGUAUUAAGAGAUUUGUGGUCAGGGAAAAUCAUAGCAUUUCUGUAUACAUAAAUAACUUU